CCAAUAAGAUCAUAGCGGAAGUGAGAAUAUUUAUUUAAUUUAUUUGCAUAUGUAAAUUAUAUGCAAAUAAAUGGCGGACAACAAUACACCGAAAAAGCCAGCGAAGCGUAUAAAUACGAGUAGCUCUGUGAACGAUUUAUGCAGAAUAUGUAAAUGUAAUUUAAAGAUUGAAUUUGGAUCAGGUAGAGUUUCUUUCGAGAAUCUUUUUAAGGCGUCGGGAAGAAAAGAGAGUAAAGGUUUAAUACUUUCACAAGCGUGUGAAAUUGUCGGCUUGCCAGUACAAAAAUCGCCUCUUCUUUCGGAAAGAAUAUGCCGUCCUUGUGGACGAAAAAUAAGGAAUGUCCACGAAAACUUCACUUUCUUGAAAGAUAAGUUAGAUAAUUCAGAUUGAAUCUGAAUGUACUAAAAAUCGAAGUCCUGCACGUCAAAAGCGACAGCUUCCUACAACAGUGACGCCUGAAAGACAAUGUCACCGACAAGGCCGAACUAGUUGCACUGUAAAGCAAUCAGUUGCGGAGAAGGCAGUUGUGAGUGAAAAGAACAAAUAUUCUCCAAGGAGAGGAUUAUUUGUGGAUGAGGGAAAUAGCGAUCAUGAUACUGAUGCACAAGUUCAACGGGUAACGGACGAUGAAGUACACAAUCUAAUGAACAUUGAGACAAUUAUUCCGAACGAGAAAGAAAGCCAAGUUCGUGUUUUAAUCAGCUAUCCAAAUUCAAAGAGUUGUUGUGAAGGAAUCGUUUGAUAAACUGACCUCUUCCCUUAUAAAAAAUAUUGCUCUUAAAAACUGGAGUACUGUUGCGAAUAUUGUGUUUAAGCACACCGAUAUCCGGGAGCACCUACCUAAAGUUUUGAAUAGGGAAGUCGGCGCCGCAGAAUUUCCGCGUUCGUUCAGUUCUGACAGCAUUUUAAGCGGGUCUUCACCAGAUGAAUUAGCCGCAUUCAGCAAUAAAAUCCUUGUUCACGAAGUUAAUGUUAAAUGCCCACUUUGGUCAGCAACUAUGAGUGGAGCCUGUGGCGCAUCACCUCAAAACAGUACAUCUUCUCAAAACCGUGUGGACCAUGCCUUGAAUGCUAUGGCCCUUGCUACGUCCGCUUUAGCAAGAUCUAGGAAUGCAAAGUUAUCUGCUUAUGCGUGCAGAAUCUCGCUAAUAUUAUUUAAAAGUGGUGCAAGUUACUAUGACAGAGUCCGGCUUAACCGUCUUGGUAUCUGCAUGUCCCCUGAAAGUGUGGUAAAUCUCCAAAAAAAGAUGGGCAUGUCAACAGACACCAAAGUAUUAUCAUGGAAAAAGAAUGUGGAGGAAAACCUUAAAGCUCAGAAUUUUAUCAAGGAAGUGGAAACUAUUCAAACCCAUCGAGAGGAAGAUGACAUGAUUUUGGAUAAAGUUACAUUUGACUUGAGUGAGAAAGCUGUGCAAGAGUACCCAUCAUUUAGCAAACCAACACAUGAGUAUUGUGUCCAGCUGGCAAAAAAAUCAAUGCACCAACUUAACCAUGGUUGCAUUAACGAAGCUGUUUUGGAAGAUGUGAUGCAUUUGCUGCAAAGUCAGAAACUUCCACUCCACAAGUAAGCAUAUUUUAAAUGUAAACAGUGCUGCCACUCUAAACAUCCUAUUUUCACCUAAAGCGAAUGCUAAAAAUCCAUACGUUUCCCCCAUGCCUCAAACAUAUAUUUCCCCCACCCCCAUACAAAUAUAACAUUUUCCGUAAAAUUUCCCUUUUUAUGCCAACAUUUUACAUGGUUGAUCAUUCCAGGAAAACCUGGAUAGUGCAUCCUAAUUUGCAUUCUGAUGAUCCACAUACUUUCGAAAUCAGAAUAUGACACAGUAUAAAUUAUGAUAAAAAAUUUUGAAAUAUGUCCAUUUGUUACAAAUCAAGUGCUUAUGUGUUUAAAUUCACUUUUGAGUUAAGCAAGGUGCAUUUUUCUGUAUGAAACCUGGUAAAUGUAACUGAAAAUAUGCCGAAAAUAACCAUAACAAAAUCCAAAAAAUCAAAAUAGAAUAAACCCUAUAAAUGACCUGUUUUCCCCAUAAGUAUCUCCUACUCCCUACAAAUUGCAAUAGUCUCCUAUUAGUAUAAUUACAUAGGUGAUUAUUGAAAAUUCUCCACGCUGAUUGGUUGUCGUUGAGGUGAUUAUUACGCGAUAAUCACCUAAGCGAUUUUCAAAAUGGGGGCCGAAGCCUUUUUGUCAAUUAAAUGACGAAGAAAUGUGUAUUUUCUUAUUUUUUUCCAAAUAAUCACCUAUGAAAUUAUACUAAAACAAUUAUUCACCUCAGGCUCGGUGAUUAUCGUGAAUAAAAACCUCGACUUCGUCUCGGUUUUUAUUCACCGAUAAUCACCUCGCCUUUGGCGAAUAAUUGUUAAAUGUAGGGGGAUCUCCCUUACGAAUAUGUGGCAGCUAUGUUCAUAAAUUAUGUAAUUACUUUAGUACAGACCCUGGAUUAAUAGCAGCAUAGUGAUUGCUGAUCGUGUAUAGUUAUAUAUUAAGUAUAUAGAAUAUAAGAUCAGUCACCAUUAUAGUACUGUAUUGUAGCUACAGUUCUAUCAGCAGAUUAUGUAAGACAAAUGAUUCUGUAUACUUUUCCCUCAUAGAUUAGUUGGUGAUAAUAUUGACUAUCACAUUCAAGCUAGAUACCAGUCCACUGACCGCACAAACCAGUCCAUUCAUUGGACCCAACAGUAUGCUGUGUUGAACCGAAUUGAUAUAUCUUCAUUUGACAACUCCAAACUACUAAUCAAAUGGAACUGUUCAAUCUUGGUUAGCAGAGUCAUCAGCAAAUAUCUUGAUAGUUUCAAGCACUUGCAAGACUGUGUAGUGCGACAUAUCUCCCAUAAAUAUUCAAAAGAAAUGUCACAGAAAUCAGACAUUGUAAGUCAUCUCACUACAUAAAAAUAAAAUAAUGGAGGGUUUUCUACAUAUAUAUAGCAAUAGGAACAGUGGUUAUACUCGAUAUUUCCCAGGAGCAUAUGAUACUGACAUGUCCGACCUGAAGUCUUGAUAUUCAAAAGGAAGAAUAUAUCAGUUCCCACAUAUCCGAAUUUGUCAAUUUGUUAGUGGAUCCCAUUUCAUGUUUCAUCCAGUAAAAUGAUUUGUCUUUAUAUGCUAAGUAAAUAACCACUGGGGCAUCUACCCAUGAGUAGGCCCUUUGCUUGCCACAGUAGUGAAGCAAUAUUUUCAGAUGAGCUGUGCCCUUUUGAUCAUUAGUAAAACAUCAUCCUUGUUGAAAAUUAAUGCUGCAACUGCCUGCUUUAAUUCUCAUAUCUCAUUCUCACAUCCUCGAUGUUCCAUUUUAUAAAAUUCAGGACAGCAUGGUCUUUAUUAGCCUGCUGAGCUUGCCAUGCAGACUACUGGUCUUUAUGUAUACGUAACUGUGAGGGGAAAAGGCAAUCAUUGAGAUUUAGCCCCAGUAGUUGUAAUUUCUUAAAAAAUGCCCAGUAAUUAUGUAAUAUUAAACCAAAAUAAAAACUGUUAAAAAUGUUCUGAUAUUAUGCAAAGUUGUAGAAGCUUGUUUUCCUGACACAUUUUCUGUUACAUGACUUCAUCGUAUUGUUAUAUAGUCAAAGUGGCAUUUAUGUGUCAGUGAUCAAGUCUACAUUAAAUUUAAAAAAAAUCCCAAUAUGAAGAAAGAGUUAUGCUGUUGUGGAUGAUCCUUGCCCAAAACUUUUAUUUGAAAAUAAAUGUAUUUUUAACUAUUUUUAUAGUGUUGUCUUGGACUUCAGUUUAGUAAUCCCAAUAUCGCAGGAGAAAUGGCCCAGCUUAUCAUGACCAACCAACAAAAGUAUGCACCAUCUAAUAUGGUAAAUGAUGUACCAGAUAUUCUCAUGGAGGUACCAAUGCAUGGUGAUCAGUUAUUUGAAGAGCGCUGUAGAAAUGUUCAAUGGACAUUUCAGGAUGGAACAAGUAAAUAUGAUCGACUAGAAGGCAUUACAACUGAAGCAGCUGACUGGCAUGCAAAAGUAAAUUUGUACAAUGUAUGUCUUUUAGAAAAUAAGUUUGAACUCUUUCACACCCAACUUCCAGAAGCCGGGCCUACAUUUACCAGUAAACUAGACCGGUCUCAAACAGUGCUUGUGUUUGAAGACACACAAUCAUAGGACAUAUGGGAAGGAAAACAUUAAUGGGGCAGAAAAAAAUUUGCCCAACUUUUUUCCAUUAUGCCCGACUUGUCAAAACAAUUUUCCAUGCAAACUUUCCAAAAUUGUUGUUGACAGGUGGGGCAGGGGGGGGUGUAUUAUAAUUUAUUAUGAUUUUUAUAUUGAGGGGGGAGGGGGGAACAAAAUUUUUUACUAUUAUAUUAGCAUAUUUCCCCCAAUAUUGAAGGAAUUUCUCCUAUUUAUUUUUAUAAUAAUUAGCCAAUAUUGCCCGAAUGUGAAGUAAAUAUUGCCCGACUGGCCUGCCUAACAAAUUGGGGGCAGCUCCUGCCCCCCCCCGUCCUGUACACCUAUGCACAAUGUACUUUUUACUACAACUACAUUAUAUUUCUUAUGUGUUAGCAAAAUACAAGCGUCUAUGAUUAUUAGUUUUGAAAACAUAUAUAAUACAUUACCACUAUUUGUAGGUAUACUGCCUGCCAGGUAACACCCAUGAAUGUAAUUGUAAUUUUCAUGUUUUUUAAUAGAUUGAAUUUGACAUAUUUGUUAGUGAAUCAUCUGCAGCACAGAUAGGAACAAGUAGAGCAACAAUGAAUCGAACUGGAAAGACAAGGGCUGCUCAAGGUGUGGAGAAACAUUAUAACGAGUACAAGGACUUUCACCAGGCUGAAAUCGAGGCACAUAUAUGUGCAUCGUUCAUGGAGAUGAUAAGUUUAAAACAAAUAGAGGGUAUGUUAUAUUUUAGAAUGUUGGAUGGACUGCUGUAACCUAUAAAGAUGAUAAAAAGGGAAAUAAUAUACACUAUAUAGAUUGUACACUGUAAUACAGUAUUUUAUGUAAUCUGACAGAUAAACCAAACAUGACAAUGCCAACAUCAGAUGUUGGAAAGGAAAAUAGAGGAAGAUGGUUUUUGGAAUUGUGCCAAAAAUACAUUGACCAAUAUAUUGGAGGAGAAGAAAUUAGUGGCUUGGUUGAAAAAGUGGGUGAACUAAAUGCAAAAUCUCAUGGUCCUUUUCUCUGUCGUUUUGAAGGAUGUCAAUAUAAAAGUGCCUACCACUCUACAAGAGUCAAGUAA